UGUGACUAGAACUACUAAGAACGUGCACAACGUUUCCUUAUUUAUGUGUAACAAUUUUUCGCCGAAGCCUCGGUGUAUUGGAUCCUAAAACGACAUACAUGAAGAAGGGUAGUAAAAAGAAAAAUGACCACAUAUUUCGUGAAUUCAAUGAAAGCUUUUUAUAUCCCAUGCACGCAGCACUUCAGUUCAGUUGUUGAAUAGGUGUGCUUUCAGAUAAAUCUCAUAAGGACUUUGAGCGCAAUGCUUCGUGCUAACUAAACCUACAACGACGCAUCCUUCCACGUUCAUUGCCACGACUGCUAACUCAAACCUAGGCCACUGACAUAAAGGGCAUGCAUGGUAGCAAAUGAGUUGGGGAAAUACUAUUCACAAAUAUUCGAGGUUAAGGGAAGUCAAUCAAGGGUGUUCACCAAAAAAAAAAAGAAAAAAAAAUGGCCACUGACAGAUUUGCAGCUCCAUCGCCUUACACCCAAAAGCAACCAGAGCCCCAUGCAAGUGAUUUCAAGCAUCAAGAGUACCUCCUUGGAUCAGGUUUAAUUACUAGUAGAGCAAAAGAAGUUCCUUCGAAUCUACAACACAUAAACGUUGCUCUCUUUGCCCUUGGCAGAGCAGGUUCCAUACAUCUGAACAACGUUAUGAAAAAUUCACGACUAACCUUGAAGUACAUUGUUGAACCUGACCGUGGAAAGUUGUUGAGAGUUCAGCGGGAGUGGAAACUACCAGAGUCCUCCAUACUGUCACCAGAAGAAGAAGACAAAGUGUUUCAGGAUCCAAGUAUCCAUGGCAUCAUCAUAGCUACGCCAACAUACAUGCACAAAGAUCUGGUUAUAAAAGGACUGAAAUCUGGAAAGGCUGUCCUCUGUGAGAAACCCAUCGCUGAAAAUUUAAAUGAGACUCGCGAAUGCUACCAGAUUGCAAAAGAGAUGAAGAGGCCUCUGUUAUGUGCCUUCAAUCGUCGGUUUGAUCCGAGUUUCAAAGAAUUACAGAGGCGUGCACGUUCAGGGGCAGUUGGACAGAUCCAUCUGGUUAAGACUGUUGCAAGAGAUUCUCCUCUUCCUUCCAUUGACUAUUUAAAAGUAUCAGGUGGCAUUUUCCAUGAUUGUGCAGUCCACGACAUUGAUCUCAUCUGCUGGGUGAUUGGAGAUUAUCCAACACAUGUCUUUGCUUCAGCUUCUUCUUUCAUCCCUGAAGUUGCUGCAAUUGGGGAUCAUGACACAGUAGCUUUCAUAAUGAAAUUUGCUUCAGGGGCAAUUUCUACGACAGAUUUAAGUCGUAAUGCAGUCUAUGGUUAUGAUCAGCGCAUUGAGGUAUUUGGUCCGAAGGGUAUGGUCUCUGCAGCAAACGAGAGGCCGUAUAACCUCACAAGCAGCACAGUGGAUGGAGACAGUCAGCCACCAAUUCAGUAUUCAUUUCCCUCACGAUAUUAUGAAGGAUAUAUCGCAGAGGUUGAACACUUCUGUGAUGUAAUUCAAGGUCUUGAUGAGGCAUCAAUCCCAGGAAAGAAUACUGUGAAUGUUUCAAUUAUUGCCUCAGCACUUGAGGAAUCUGUUAAGACAGGACGUAUGAUUCAGGUUAAGUACCAAGUGGACCUUUGAUAUAUGUAUGAAAUACGUAAAGGGAAUGAUCUAAUUUCAUAUUAAG